AUGGAUGGUAUAGUGCCUCUUGUGAAUAAUACCAUCAAUUCUUUUGUGUUCUUUUACAGUGCAGCCAGUGUGUUGCUGAGAGUAAAGCUGAAUGUCAAAAAGCACCUACGUGAGCGCAACACCAUUCCCAAACUUUUUGCCAAGUCGCUCAAGAAAUACGGUGACAAGACGGCUCUGAUUUUCGAAGGAACGGGCGAGAAAUGGAGCUUCAAGGAGCUUGACGAUUACUCCAACCGCGUGGCUAACUGUCUUCUCCAGAGGGGCUUCAAGGAAGGCGAUGUGGUGGCUCUGUUCAUGGAGAACCGCUCUCAGUACGUCGGGCUCUGGCUGGGCAUGGCGAAGAUCGGAGUGGAGGCGGCGCUCAUCAACUUCAACCUUAGACUGGAGGCCCUGGUUCACUGCGUCAACAUCUCCAGCGCCAAAGCGGUGGUGUUCGGCAGUGAGCUAACAGAUGCGAUGUGUGAGGUGCACAGCUCCAUGGGAAAGACUGUUAAGCUGUUCUGCUCUGGAGAAUGGGACCCAAAGAGCGUUCCUGAAGGGACGGAGCAUCUAGAGCCGCUGCUGGAGGCGACACCUACAAACCAGCCCAGACAACCAGAUCGCAGCUUCACAGAUCGCCUUUUUUACAUUUACACGUCAGGAACCACUGGGAUGCCAAAAGCUGCUAUCGUUGUACAUAGCCGGUAUUACCGCAUGGCUGCCUUGGUGUACUAUGGUUUCAGAAUGAAGUCUGAGGAUGUGCUUUAUGACUGCUUACCACUUUACCACUCUGCAGGAAACAUAGUGGGAGUUGGCCAGUGCCUGAUCCAUGGAAUGACUGUAGUGAUCAGGAAGAAGUUCAGUGCAUCAAAGUUCUGGGAUGACUGUAUCAAAUACAACUGCACGAUCGUACAGUACAUUGGCGAGAUCUGCCGCUAUUUGCUGAACCAGCCAAAGAAGGACUUUGAGCGCCAACAUAUGGUCCGCAUGGCCCUCGGAAACGGCCUUCGCCAGUCCAUCUGGGAGGAGUUCACCAACCGCUUCAACAUACCACAGAUUGCAGAGUUCUACGGCGCCACCGAGUGCAACUGUAGCCUGGGCAACUUCGACAACAAGGCGGGGGCCUGUGGAUUCAAUAGUCGGAUCCUUCCCUACGUCUACCCCAUCCGCUUAGUCAAAGUGGACGAGGAGACCAUGGAGCUUAUCAGAGGACCCGAUGGAGUCUGUAUCCCAUGUGGUCCAGGAGAACCUGGUCAGUUGGUUGGCCGAAUCAUUCAGAACGACCCCCUCAGACGAUUCGACGGCUACGUCAAUCAGUCAGCCACUAAUAAGAAGGUUGCCCACGAUGUCUUCAAAAAGGGAGACAGUGCAUAUCUGACAGGGGACGUGCUGGAGAUGGACGACUAUGGCUACAUGUAUUUCAAAGACCGCACAGGAGACACGUACCGCUGGAAAGGAGAGAACGUGUCCACCACCGAAGUGGAGGGAACUCUGAGCCGUCUGCUGGACAUGAAAGAUGUGGUGGUGUAUGGAGUGGAGGUGCCAGGAGCUGAAGGCAAGGCAGGGAUGGCGGCCAUAGCAGACCCGGACAAUAGCUCAGACCUGGCGAAGUUUAGCAGGGACCUGGAGAAAGCUUUGCCGCCCUAUGCCCGGCCCGUGUUUCUGCGCUUCCUGCCAGAAGUGAACAAGACAGGGACUUUCAAAUUCCAGAAGACAGACUUGCGACGGGAGGGAUUCGACCCCAGUGUCGUCUCUGACAAACUCUACUUCCUGGACUGCACUAAGGGACAAUAUGUGGAGCUGAAUGUAGAGCUCCAUCGCAGCAUUGUCUCAGGAAAGCAAAAAUUAUGAGACUACUGCCAACCUCCACGCAUUCCCUCACCACCCCGCCUUCAACAGCCCUCAAACCCCACCCCCUCUCAUCACCCCGCCCCUCGUUACCUCAACAAACACAGUGAGGGGCCGCAGGAAUGCAUUCUGGACACUUAUUCAAGUCCCAUAUUCAUUCUCAUUGCCCACCUCUCUCAACCGAGAUGGGACGUGGUGGUGUUCAGCCAUCUUGAAAACAAAACAAAAAAUUAAGCAAUUUAGAAAACAAGAAUUCAAAACUAACAGCAAGGAAAGGACCAACUACACGUCUGUCAAAUGGUAAAGCUUUCCCUUUGCCUCAGCUGCACAAUGCUCGCCUGGCUACAGGAUUCGGGACUGACACGCGCUCAUUUUGACAGAUCUGACAAGCGACUACCAUCGUAAACGCGCCACCAAACCAUACGGAUCGACGUGCAAUACAAACCCAGCAAUGGCUGUGUACUUCUCAGCUGCCAAGACUUGAUCAAUGCUGUUUAUUUAAAUGUGCACCAAAUAUAUUUAAGUUGUAGAAUAGCUCAUCAUCUAUUUUCAAGUUUUGAAUCUAUAUGCUGCAUUGAAGACAUCCAAGAUCGCACUGCUACUGUGUCUAUUUUACCUUUCCAGACGUUAAUGUGCAGAGUCAAUCAUGAAAGCUGAUAUCUCACUAACGUCUAGAGACCGAGCAGCCCGGUGCGACAUUGUGCAGAGUGGGCUUCAUGGGUUCACUUCGAUUUGCUAGACGUGACGACCGUUCAGAUUCGGGUGAGGACCUCCUGGAGACUAUAGUGGACUUUGCAUAGAAGUGAAUGAAAGUAAUAAACUACUCUGGUGCUAAAGAGUGAACAUCCUCCCCAUCUGCAAAGUGGCGCCAGACCUAAAAAACAACAUCCUUGCCUCUUGACAUGAAGAGAACGGAAGCAGAGUAGAAUGAAGGGAAAGUUAUGUAGGCUAUAUGUCAUCUGGGUUUUAGUUUUUCUUUCAGCAGCAUGAAUGAUUGAUGCAAACAGAGCACUGUGCCUUACUGUCAGGUCACCACGUACGUAGUGUUAUUGCUCUUGCCCUGUAUCAUCACACUAACUGACACUGGACGUCUCUUAAACAGCUGGUUUAUUUUCUAAACCUAGCUCGUACUCCCCUCCCAUUAAAAUUUCCCAUCAUGCAAAGUGUCCGGCACUACAUCUAUGGGCAUGCUUUCCCUUCCAUGUGUAUUUUACACCAUCUUCUCUUGCAAACUUUCCUGUUCUCCUUCGCCCACUGACAGCGGACUAUUUAUUUAUAUCGUAGCAAGUAUUUAAGUGUGUGUGUGCGCACUUGUGAUGAGAUGAUUUUGUGUGACAGCAAUUGAUUUUCCAGUCACUUUUUUGGCCACUAUAAAUUAACGUAUGGCACAGAUGAGGGAAAACAUAGAACUGUGUUGACAUUAUAUGGGCGAGUAUCAAGAGGAACAUACUUUACCAAAAAAAGAAAAAAAAGAUAUACUUUGCAUAAAAAUAAUGAAGCCUAUUUUGCAAUGUGUUUUCGUUUUAAAAAAUAAGGAUUUGUCAUUACCCAUUGUCAUUACUGUAAUGCAAAGAAAUCUAUUUUGUCAUUACCAUAAUGCCUACAAAAAUUAUUGACAUUAAAAAUGUUAUUCUCAUUACAUAACAAAAAAUUGAACUAACAUUACCAUAAUGGCAAUAAAAAAAAAUAUCGCAUUCUCAUUACCGUAACAAAAAAAAUAAUUAUCAUUACCGUAACAAACAAAUUAAUGCUCAUUACCAUAAUGACAGUAACAUCUCAUUCUGAUUACAGUAAUCAUGAGCAUAAUCAAAUUCUUAUUAUUGUAAUGACAAAGUAUCAUUCUUAUUACUUUUAUUGAUAAAAAAAAACGAAUUCACGUUACUGUGAAUUAAUGACAAAAAAAACAUUUCUGAUCGGAAUGACACUAGGAUCUCAUUCUAAUUAACGUAAUGACAAAAAAUAUUCUUGUGUAUGUAAUGACAAGAAAUAGUGUUCUUGUCAAGACAUUUCUUUUCAUUAGAAUUAGCAUAAAUGAAAUUCAAUACAACAAUGUAAAUAGGACUUCAUUUUUUUAUUGAUUCAAAAUAUAUUUUUCUUUUGGAAGGAAGUGUCUGUCACACAGCUGUACAGGACAUUUCUUCUUCAACUGGUACUUCUAGCCAAGGGUGCAGCAGUGACGUCAUUGGUUAGUCAGCCAAUCAGGUGCAGUUGUCUCCAUCAAUAUUCUUUUCCUGAUUUUUAUCCUUUCCUUUUACUUGGAUUUUUAAAAAAAUAAUUUUGUAAAAGAAUGGCGUAAUGAUUUGUUAUGGGUUGAGCUUUAUUUUUCCGUUAAGCUUGUUUUCUUUUGCUCUGUGUGUGUGCGUGAGAGAGAAAGAGGGAAAGCGUAUCUUAUGCACUGAGUUUUUUUUUUUACACAAUUUACUGAUUUUAGACACAAUAUGUUGUCAAAUCUUCUCUACAAACAUUUCUUUCUCUCACGAUAUACUACGUGUUAGUGUUUGUGUCCUAUGACCGCAAGAAUUCUCGCCAGGAAUCUUUUGCUGAGGCCUCUCUUUAUUAUUUCUAGUUAAAGGAACCGUUCACCCCAAAAUGGAAAUUCUGUGAGCAUUUACUCACUCUCAUGUCGUUCCAAACCUCCAAAAAGGACAAUAAUUUUCCAUUUCCAUUUUGCAUAUUAAAAAUGCAGAUCACCUUGACAUCAUCCUGGUGCAUUAACAAGCCAUUUUUGAGUUUCAACAGAAGACUAUUUCUAUCGUGCUUUGUCUUUUUUAGAAUAUGAAUGAAGAUUAUUUUGUGUUCCAGAAAAGAAAUAAACUCAUACAUGUUUGGAACGACAUAAAAGGGAGUGAAUGAUGACGGAAAUUUCAUUUUUCGAUGGUACUGUCCAUUUAAAGUUUCAUAUUACAAAGACGCACAUUUGCAGACACAGACAAACAACCUUCAGCCAUUUCCACAUAAAUGAGGUCUGUUUUGAGAAAGAUUUCUGCAUUUUAUUUACAUUCUGAUUUCUUUUUUCAUAUGUCGGAAAGGCAUUAGCAAUGUGAAAUGCAAAAGCCAGUGCUGUGAAUAAUUUUGUAUUUAUUUAUUUUUUUAAUACAUAUUUUUUUCCCCACUGCACCAUAUAAAGAGUCGCAGUCUGUUUUCACUCCGAACAAGUUUUACAGGAUCUUUUUGUGUCGGUUUAUUUUCGAGCUGAUGUUGUGCAUGAAAUGCGAUGUUGUUCUCAUGUCCGUCCACUAGGUUGUGGUGCUCGUUCACAUUCCUUCCAUUUGCCAUCCAAAAUCUUGUUAAUGCACCAGUAUGUUUUCAUUGAAAAUGAGGGAUAUCUAAUGUUUAAUGUUUACCCUAAUUAUUUACUGUGGAUUUUGUUCUUAUUUGUUCUGUCAAACCAUUGGACCAUUAAGCAUCAUGAGUUAUAUUGUUUUAUUGAGCACCAAAGCAAAUGAAGGUUUUGCAUUCUGUUAGUUAGGGACACAGUUUUCUUUUAUAAACUGUACAGAUUUGUCACCCUUCUUAAAAAGACUGAUCAUAAAUGCACUUUUGUUUUGUCUAUUUCUGUUCAGUACUCAGGAACAACAUGCAGAGGUGGGAACUACUGUAUGAGUGAGCUGGUGUGUGUGUGUGUGUUUAUGUAGAGGAGGUGUGUGAGGUGUGCCGCGUCACACUGAAGUCCUCUUGUCUUAAAGACUAGCUGUAAAUCAUGCUCUUUCAAAACAAUGGCAUCCAAGAAUCCAUAUUAAUAAAAAAUAUAUUAAUUCUC